CGUGACAACGAUUAAUAAACCAACGCCAUUUCCGCGCCCAGCAGUUACUACUUCCUCCCACUCUCUCUCUCUCUCUCUCCCCCUCUCUCAUCUCUCUCCAUUUCACUUAUCAUCAUCACCUUUUUCUGCUACGGUUUUCAUUUUCACAUGGAAUGGAUCAAUAACUUCAACAACAACACAAAAAAGCAGAUCAAAUCAUAAUACGACUAAAGAUUCAUCUUCCUUCAAGAUUGAAACGAUUGCUAAGUGAUUUGUUUCCGUGUUGAAAUGGGGAAGAAAGGGAGUGGUUGGUUUUCGUCUGUGAAAAAGGUGUUCAAGCCUUCAAACAAAGAUCUCAAUGAGAAGAAUGGUUUUCGCAAGGAGAAUGUGGUGGAUAAACAACAAGAAGACAAGCCGGAGGUUGUGUCUUUUGAGCAUUUUCCAGCAGAGAGUUCACCGGAUGUCACCAAUGAGGAAAGUGAUGGUGAUCGGUUGUCUCAGGCGGGUGAUGAUCGGGAUCAUGCUAUUGCGGUGGCGGUGGCCACCGCUGCCGCCGCGGAGGCGGCGGUUGCCGCUGCUCAAGCGGCGGCUAAAGUUGUUCGUCUCGCCGGUUAUGGCCGCCAGUCUAAGGAAGAAAGAGCUGCUAUCCUCAUACAAUCAUACUAUAGAGGAUAUCUAGCUAGACGUGCAUUACGAGCAUUAAAGGGACUAGUGAGGCUGCAAGCCCUAGUAAGGGGCCAUAAUGUACGGAAACAAGCUCAAAUGACAAUGCGGUGCAUGCAAGCCUUGGUGCGUGUGCAAGCAAGAGUGCGGGCACAUAGACUUGAAUUAACACAUGAAAAGCUCCAAAAGAAAGUCGGGAAAGAUGAAAAGCUGAUAGUGUCACCAAAAACACGAGAAAACAUAAAUGAGAGCAUUGAAAAGAUUAAAGGAACUGCUUUGAGAAAACAUGAUGCCGAAAUGAAAAGAGAAAGAGCUCUUGCAUACGCAUUCGCAUACCAGCAAGAACAACAACAACAUUUCAUAUCAUCCGAAAGUGAUAACACGAUAUCAUAUCCCAAUGAUCAUGAAAAACAACAAUGGGGAUGGAACUGGCUCGAAAGUUGGAUGGCAUCACAACCCUACCAAGGCCACCCAAUUGGGCCCCAUGACGGGUCCUACUUGACCCAACCCACAAGCGACAAUAUAUCGGUUAAAACAGUCGAAAUGGACCUAGUCACGCCUGUGAGUUCCGAAUACAUCACUACAGGCCGACUCAGUGGUGAAACCGUCGACUCGGCCCAACACUCUCAAUCCCGACGCCAGUCGGGAUCAGACAUGGUCCCUAGCUAUAUGGCCCCAACCCAAUCAGCUAAAGCCAAGGUCCCUAGAAGCCCGAGCCCAAACCUUAAAGGAUAUGGCAAUGGGGCUAAUGGUGUUCGAGCUCAGUCUAAAUGGUCAACAGGUUAUAGCCCGGAUUCGAGUGGAGGUGAUGAUGGGUCAAUGGGUCGUUAUGGGUGGAGACACCAUUUUGGAUGA